AUUUUUCCUAGAAAAUGUGUCAACAUGAAAUGGAAUAUGCCAAUGCCACCGUCCAUUGAAUAAUAUCGACUGCGUAACGCACUACUACUCCUUUUCCUUUCGUUCCUUCGCCUCUUUUCCCUCUCAACCCGGCAACCGCAACUCCGCCCACUUUCUCUCUCCUCCAUCGCUGGCGACUGGUUUUUCCUCCGAUUACGACCAGGUAAACUUUAUCGUCAUUCGCUCUCUCUCUCUCUCUGAAAUUCUACGUUAGUUUGCCUUCGAUUGAAAAACCGGUAAUCGGAACCAAAACAAAGACGAUCCCAUCGGAUCUGGAUCUCCGAUUCCCAUGCCUCGCGAUCCCAUUUUGUUUGGGAUUUUUCUCGGCUUACUCGUCCUCUGCUAUGGGGAUCCGAGUCCGGAUUGCCCCAAAACCAGUCCCCUCGUCGGAUUCGAAUCGGAAUUCAAGAUGGUUCAGCACCAACUCAGGGGCUCCUUCAAGAUAAUCGACGAUUGCUCGUUUAGGGUUUCCAAUUUCGACAUGCUUUCGGGAUUGGAGGUGCUCUGGUGGGGCGCGAUCGCUCCCGAUUUCGAAAACCUCAUUGCCGGCUUCGCUGUGUCCGAUCAGAAGCUGAACGACACGCACAAGAACUCGUCUUUUCUUGUGCGUUUGAGGAAGAAUGUCACCUGGAAUGGGAUCCAAGUCCUCGCCGUUUGGGACCGUCCCACGGCGUCAAACUUUGGGCAUGCCUUGUUGACGAACGCGAGUAAUGAGUCAACAGAAGGUUCGAGUUUGGCUCCUUCUCCGUCAACGGAUGGAGUUUCGGGAAGAACUCGGGGUCACACAGAGCUGACCGUGUUUGAGAACUGCAAAGUUUUGUCGGAGAAGUACAGGGUUAGAUGGACAUUGCAAGCCGAUGAGAAUUUGAUUGAUAUUGGAUUGGAGGCGGCCACUGCGACGAUGAAUUACAUGGCGUUCGGUUGGGCAAACCCUAAAUCGCCCUCUAAUCUGAUGAUCGGGGCUGAUGUUGCCGUCACGGGUUUCAGGGAAGACGGACUGCCGUUUGUGGACGACUUCUACAUCUCCGACUACAGCGAUUGCUCUGUGAACAAGGAUGAUUCUGCUCGUGGGGUUUGUCCCGAUAGGAUUUAUGAAGGCUCAAACUCUGUUGGUUCCGUGAAUGAUACGAAGCUGGUUUAUGGGCAUAGGAGGGAUGGGGUUUCGUUCAUUCGUUAUCAGAGACUGUUGAAAUCGGCUGAUGAGAAGUAUGAUGUGCCUGUGAACCAUACUGAGCACAUGUCAGUUAUUUGGGCGAUGGGGAAGAUAAGGCCUCCUGAUACUAUUCGGCCCUACUAUCUUCCUCAAAACCAUGGCCAAUCGCCGCGUGUUACUUUUGGGAAUUUGGUGUUGAAUGUUUCAGAGCAUGUGGAUGAUUGUCUAGGUCCUUUGGAUGCAGAAGACAAGGAGGAUCAGGAUCUCAUUAUUGCAGAUGCAAAUGCUGCUCUUGUGGUCACGACUGGUCCGGCAUUGCAUUUCCCGAACCCUCCAAACCCUUCAAAGGUUUUGUACAUUAACAAGAAAGAGGCUCCAGUGUUGAGGGUUGAAAGAGGGGUGCCUGUGAAGUUUUCAAUACAAGCCGGGCAUGAUGUGGCCCUCUACAUUACUUCUGAUCCGAUCGGUGGAAAUGCGACGUUGAGGAAUAUGACUGAGACUAUUUAUGCAGGAGGGCCAGAAGCUGAAGGAGUUCAAGCAAGUCCAACGGAAUUAGUUUGGGCGCCAGACAGGAAUACUCCGAACGAGGUUUACUAUCAGUCACUGUAUCAGCAGAAAAUGGGUUGGAGAGUGCAGGUAGUUGAUGGUGGUCUGCCAGAUAUGUAUAACAAUAGUGUUUUUCUAGAUGAUCAGCAAGUUACCUUCUUUUGGACGUUGUAUGAAGAUUCAAUAUCUAUUGCUGCUCGUGCUGAGAAGAAGAGUGGGUAUCUGGCGAUAGGAUUUGGUACUGGAAUGGUAAAUAGCUAUGCUUAUGUGGGAUGGGUUGAUAAUAUUGGCAAAGGGCGGGUGGACACUUACUGGAUUGAUGGAACUGAUGCCUCCAGUGUGCAUCCAACGAAUGAGAAUCUGGCGUAUGUCCGUUGCAAGUCCGAAAAUGGCAUGAUUACUUUGGAGUUCACGCGGCCAUUGAAGCCAUCAUGUGGUCGGAGUAAUGAUCCAGUUUGUAAAAACAUCAUUGAUCCUACUACUCCUCUAAAAGUUAUUUGGGCUAUGGGAACUGGGUGGACAAAUGGAACUUUAGCCGAGAGAAAUAUGCAUUCUGUUAUGAGCAGUAGAGUUACAAGAGUUCUGCUUAUGCGUGGUUCUGCAGAGGCAGAGCAAGAUAUACGUCCUGUAUUAGCUGUGCAUGGAUUUAUGAUGUUUCUCGCUUGGGGUAUAUUGCUUCCUGGUGGAAUACUGGCGGCUAGAUACUUAAAACAUGUGAAGGGUGAUGGGUGGUACCAGAUUCAUGUUUACUUGCAGUACUCAGGUUUGGCAAUCGUCCUUCUCGCUGUUCUUUUUGCCGUGGCUGAGCUUCGAGGUUUCCAUUUUGGCUCACUACAUGUGAAGUUUGGAACGCUCGCAACACUUUUGGCUUGCGCGCAACCAGUGAAUGCUUUCUUAAGGCCUAAAAAACCAGCUAAUGGAGAAGAGGUAUCGUCAAGAAGGCGCCUUUGGGAGUAUUUGCACGUGAUUGUGGGAAGAGGUGCUAUUGUUGCAGGUAUUGCUGCACUUUUCACAGGAAUGAAGCAUUUAGGUGAUAGAUAUGGAGAAAAUGUUCACGGACUUAAUUUGGCCUUAAUAUUUUGGUUCUUGCUUGGAGCACUGACGGUCAUUUAUCUGGAGUAUGGUGAAAGGCAAAAGAGGAGGGUGAAAGCUUCUGGAAGAAGCAAUUGGGUGCUUGGCAACCUAGAUGAAGAUGAUUCUCUUGAUUUGUUGAGCCCGACUGGGACACUUUCGGAUAAAGAAUCACAGACAUCGAGAAGAAUGGAAGUUCAGCUAGAACCUCUGAACAAAUAGAUAUGGUUGAGGAUACAACCCAGUCUUCUCCAAUUUUGUAAGAUUUUCCCACAAGGGGAAAACAGUCCCACUUACUCGCUUGAAAGGCUAUUCUUUUUGGCAGUAUAAAGAGGGGUUUUGGCAAUGAUCAUAACAUUUGACUCGGGCUGCUCAUUUUGUAGAGCAUUCACCCGUCAUACAGAUAGUUUGUAUACUUGACAAAUUAUAUCGUUUUCUCUAUUACAUUUUAUUGAAAGCAAA